AUGUGCCCUCUGGCAGUUCAGUCUGUGACCAUUUAUGUGGUACUCCUUGUAAGAUUGGCUGCUCAGCUAGUUGUACAGGGGUUUAAUCUUUUUUUUUUCUUAAUUAUUUUUUUGGCAGAUACCGAGCAUCUCUAUACAGUAGUGUUCGAAGAGAUCUGUGGGCGUUUUGGAAAGACCUAUACCUGGGAUGUGAAGUCCUUGGUCAUGGGUAAAAAAGCCCUAGAAGGAGCACAGAUUAUUCGAGAUGUUCUAGAUCUUCCAAUAACCAAAGAAGAGUUAUUACAAGAAAGUAAAAUGAAGCAGGAGAAGAUAUUCCCUACUGCUGAAUUGAUGCCAGGGGUUGAUAAGCUGAUACGUCAUUUACACAAACACAACAUACCCAUAGCUGUUGCCACCAGCUCAGCUGAAGUGACAUUUCAGAUGAAAACAGCCAGACACAAAGACUUCUUUGGUCUUUUUCAUCAUAUUGUGUUGGGAGAUGACCCCGAGGUGAAGUGUGGCAAGCCACAGCCUGAUGCAUUUCUAGUCUGUGCAAAGAGAUUUCAACCUCCUGCACCUCCAGAGAAGUGUCUUGUGUUUGAAGAUUCACCCCUUGGAGUCAAAGGAGCCCUGGCAGCAGGAAUGCAAGUGGUUAUGAUUCCAGAUGAAAAAUUAAAUCCAGAUCUUAAAAAGGAGGCAACACUACUGCUGAACUCCAUGGAGGAUUUCAAACCAGAACUGUUUGGUUUACCAGCAUAUGAUUAAUGCCUAAUGCCUAUGAACGUGCACUUGAAUGCAGAUCGGGAAAGUGGAAUGAAAUUUUGUUAUGGUUU